CUACAUGUUUCCCUCUCCACAAAUACAUACAUUAUUCCAGUACAUGUAUCUAUAACAUGUAAGUAUUAUUCAUCACAUUAAACGACGAAGCCUUUGUACAAGAACAAUAAUUAAUCAGAAAAGGCAGAUAGAUUAUAUAUUUAUAUUGUUGCUCCUCCUUCUCCAAUCUCAAUACUACCACCACUAUCACUUGUUCCGAUCAGAUCUGAGAAUGACUCCCAAAACAUUGAACCCAUCAUUAUUAAAAUUGUAAAGUUGAUUGCUUUUUCACUUUCUUCAAGUCAUUUUCUUGGGCUUGUAAUAUAUAUACAUACAUAUAAUUCAUAUAUACACACACCCACUUGGUUCUUUCAACACUCAUGGAAGGUUGUUUCUUCAUCUGCAUUCUGUAAUCAGGAUCUGAUCGGGUCGGUCGCUUAAUUGAACUUGUCAGCUGACUGUUUCUUGUGAUUACUUGAAUGGAAUCACUUGUGAAGGGAGUUAAUGCGUUGCAUUCUUUAGGGUACAAUUCCUCUCCUGUUGCUGAAACUAACCGGCCUCCUCGUCCGUUAAGUACAAAGCACUCUAGGUAUGAUGGAGCUACAUCUGCCUCAUCUGCAACUGUUAUUGAUCAUGUGAUGGAUGCUGCUCAAACCCCGGUAGUUGAUAUUGUUCUUAAUACACCUAAGAACAUGGAUGCACCGGAGUCAUCAAAGCUUCACACUAGGUCAAAUAACGGUAAUUCGAAGUUUGUACAAAAAAGUGAAGAAAAUGUUCAAGAAAAAGUAACAUGUUCACAUAAAUGCUCCGCCUCUAUUGAUGAUUCUGCAAAUUCUGAUUCAAGCAGCUUAGUGGAAUUUGCAGAUCAUGUUUUGGCAGCAGGAGAAGUCAUUGCUGAUGAAAUUAAACCAGUAUUAUCUAAAAACUCUACCACACAAUUUGCAGAAGCCAAACAAAGCUUCACUACCACUGAAGUUAGUGAAUGUGCAAGCAGUAUAGAGAAAUCCAUCGAAAGUGGUGAAGUUAGUUACUCAUGUGAUUUUGCUGAGAGCAGGAAGACAAGUAUUAGGGGAAGCACAGGCAGUGAUCUUAGUGAUGAAAGUAGCUCCAGUAGUUUAAGUAGCACAAUAAACAAACCGCACAAGUCAAAUGAUUCAAGAUGGGAAGCAAUUCAAGCCAUCCGAUCUCGUGAUGGGAACUUGGGGCUGAACCACUUCAGGCUAUUUAAAAGGUUAGGAUGUGGAGAUAUAGGCAGUGUUCAUCUGGCGGAGUUAGGUGGGACCAGAAAUUAUUUUGCAAUUAAGGUCAUGGACAAAGGAGCCCUAGCUAGUCGGAAGAAGCUCUUACGGGCUCAGACAGAAAGAGAGAUAUUGCAGUCCCUGGAUCAUCCAUUUCUUCCCACCUUGUAUACACACUUUGAGACAGAGAACUUUUCUUUCUUGGUGAUGGAAUUCUGCCCGGGGGGAGAUUUACAUGCACUGCGGCAAAAGCAACCUGGAAGAUAUUUCUCAGAACAUGCUGCCAGGUUUUAUGUGGCAGAAGUUCUCCUUGCCAUGGAAUACUUGCACAUGCUUGGGAUCAUUUACAGAGAUCUUAAACCAGAAAAUGUUUUAGUACGGGAAGACGGGCAUAUUAUGCUUUCUGAUUUUGAUCUCUCGCUUAGAUGUGCAGUGAGCCCAACAUUGGUGAGGUCCUCAAAUUCUACCAUGGAAUCUAAGAACUCUGGAUAUUGUGUUCAGCCUUCUUGUGUUGUCCAGCCCUCUUGUAUCCAGCCUACUUGUUUUGGACCACGCUUUCUAGGCAUGUCUAAGAAAUCGAAAAAACAAAAGCCUAAGGCUGAAAUACAUAAUCAAGUGAGUCCCUUGCCUGAGCUAAUGGCAGAACCUACAAGUGCUCGGUCAAUGUCCUUUGUAGGGACACACGAGUAUUUGGCACCUGAAAUUAUUAAAGGCGAAGGCCACGGAAGUGCUGUAGAUUGGUGGACAUUUGGGAUUUUUCUGUACGAGCUCCUAUUUGGAAAAACUCCAUUCAAAGGGGCAGGUAAUAGAGCCACCUUGUUUAAUGUUGUGGGACAGCCCCUUAAGUUUCCAGAAUCACCUAGUGUGAGUUUUGCUGCAAGGGACUUGAUCCGAGGCCUACUUGUGAAAGAACCACAAAACCGCCUUGCAUAUAGACGCGGGGCUACUGAGAUCAAACAGCAUCCGUUCUUUCAGAGCGUGAACUGGGCGCUGAUACGUUGUGCCAGUCCACCAGAUGUGCCAAGACCAUUCUUGUACAACGAGGUACCACGAGCACCUAAAGUGGAUAAGGUUCCCGGUGUUGAUGUAAAGCCGUCUGGUAACUAUUUAGAGAUUGAUUUCUUUUAAUUAUGUUCUCCUUCUCUAUCGGGAUCGUGUUUUGACGUCUUCUUCCUGUUAAACGAACAAAAUAUUGUUGUUCCACACCCCUUAAGGAACUGUGAGUGGUCUGCCUUUUACAGUAUUUAGGAAUGAAGAGAAUUGCCUGGUAAAAUUAAAAUGCAAGGAAAUGAUCAAGGAUUUGAUAUGAUAGUCAGUUUUGGAUGUCUAUAUUGUUUAAACAAAAUAAUGACUGCAAAAUUCUGUGAAGUUCAAUAGUUUCUCCAGAUUGUGAGGAAUAAAGAAUGCAGAAGAUGUCGGUUUGAGGAAAUGCAGGACGGACCGGGUAUAUAUUCAGAAUUUGUUGUUUGUACAUCACAAUCGUUGUUUGUUAAGUUGCUUAAAUUGUCAAAUCUUAUAUUUGUGCAAGGUCACAAAUAUAUUACAUCUUUCAAUGCUUUAAUGUACUCUUAUAUAUUAAACUUGUAUUCAAUUUGAUAUUUGCUUUGUAUUUA